AUGAGUAAAAUGAAGUUAAAGCUCACUCAAUCUACAAAGGAUCAGGAGUCCAAUUAAGAUAAAUCAAAUUAAUAGAAUCAAACAUAGGAAAUAGAAUAAAUGCUGUCAUCGCCAGAAGUGAAAAAAUUUGAAGCCUUCUUGUACGAAUCAUUUACAAAUAAAUAAAAGUUGUCUAAGAAAUUUUCUUAAUUCGCUCCUCUUCCCUCAAAAGUGAACAGUAUUUAUGAGGAUGAAUUCAGUUUAAAUCAUAGUCAUGAUCAUCGAAACAGUGAAUAAUGA